AACGCAUACACUCGUCCCUCGCCAUCCCCUCAACAUAUAUCACCACACCACUCCACCGCCUCAUAUCCUCAGCUCCCUCGUGUUCCCGACGCACGACCAGCAUCGCCGUACGACUCAAGAGCCUCCAAGACGUCGCUAAGCACAUCGAAGCUCACGAUUCCCAGGGUUCCGCGUGCGGAUGCGGCCGAGAUGCCUCACGCACUGCAGGAAUAUGAAGAUUGGGUGUUGGAAGCUGCGAUGCUGACGAUGUGGGUGGGAGUUUUUUCUCCAGAUAGUGACUUGAUGGGGGCUCGGGACGUUGUUGGGGCGGUGGGUGAGGCGUAUGGUGAUGUAGAUUGCGGCUCUGCCAGCCAGAACACCGGCUGCAUCCAGACGUUCCAAGGGGCCGUGCUGUCAAACGACAACAUCGCCCCAGCAUGCACGUUCUCCUUCUACUCGGACAACAACUGCAAGUCGCUGGUGCACACAGUCGACACCACGGCCGGGAAAUGCAACUGUCUGGGCUGGCCCGGUGGCAUGCGAUCAUACAGGACGAGCUGCACCGGUAGCUUCCCUAUCAGAGGCAAGCGUUCGCUUCUAGACGACGUAGAGGCGAACGUAACGACGACGGCUGGCGUCACUGAAAAAUUCGAGAAGCGACAGAGAUGCGGGCCGGCGUAUGAUCUCGAGAACGGAGCGACGUUCUACAUGGCGCAAUACCGUGCAGGUGAUCGAUACCUUGGAGGACAAGUCGCGACUAUCGGAAAUCUACAACACGACGGCGCAAACAACGUCAACCCGAAUGGAGUGAAUGGAGAUAUGAGAACGGUGGUACAGACGUACUGGGACGAGACUCACCAUGACUUACAGGAAGACUACCAUGCCUGGAUUGAAGGACCGUCGGGUCUGGUGUACGAAAUUGAAGUCAACGGCCUGUUUGCGAGAAACAUACGAUAUCCUGCUGUCGCGUUGAUAGAGGAGAUAGGUCCGCAGGUAGUGCACAAUAUGUUCAUAAUGGCGGUCGAAUAUAUGGUCACUGAACAGGCGGAUAUAGUCAUCUUCAAUGUUCAUGUCGCGGGGGCUGCGAUUGCUACGGUCAGGUUGAGGCAGAUGUGA